GUCACCAAAAGAGGAGAGAAAAGAACUGAAUGAAAUGAAAGAGAAGGAUCAGAAUAAGGAACUUUAAGAUUUCAUAACUGCAAAAACAUCCUGAAAGACUGUAAAAAUGUCCUCACAAAAAAGAGCCCAGAAGACCAAAUCUAACAUCUGCCCUCAGUGUGGAAAGAGUUUCAGUCUCACAGGUAACCUUAAAAUCCACAUGAGAAUUCACACAGGAGAGAAGCCUUACGCCUGUCCUCAGUGUGGAAGGAGUUUCAGUCACAUAGGAAACCUUACAAGCCACAUGAGAAUUCACACUAGAGAGAAACCUUACACAUGCCAACAGUGUGGAAAGGGUUUCAGUGGGAAAAAAAUCCUUAACGACCAUGUGAGAAUUCACACUGGAGAGAAACCUUACACAUGCCAACAGUGUGGAAAGGGUUUCAAUGGGAAAAAAAUCCUUAAGGACCACAUGAGAACUCACACUGGAGAGCAACCCUACAUAUGCCAACAGUGUGGAAAGUGUUUCAGUCAAAAAGUGAACCUUAUGAGCCACAUGAGAAUUCACUCUGGAGAGAAGCCUUACAUCUGCAAACAGUGUGGAAAAUGUUUCACUAAAAAGUGGAACAUCAUAAAACACAUGAGAAUUCACACUGGAGAGAAGCCUUACACAUGCUCUCAGUGUGGAAAGUGUUUCAGACAUAAGGCAUCCUUUGAUUCCCACAUGAGAAUUCAUACUGGAGAAAACCCUCACACCUGCAAAUUGUGUGGGAAGAGCUUUACACGAAAAGGAUCUCUUAAGAAUCACAUGGUCAUUCACACUGGAGAGAAGCCGUUCACUUGUGAUCAAUGUGGAAAGAGUUUCGGACGAAAAGUAACCCUUAAUGAACAUGUGAAGAUUCACUUUAAGAGAAGUGUUUUAGAUGUUGUCAGUAUGGAAUGAUUUUCUCGGACAGGAAAAACCUUAAGAAUCAUGAAAUAUCUGGAGAGAAGUGUG